AUGGAUGGGUGGAGAAAACCCGUCCAGUCUUUCUAUGACUUCACUGUUCUGAGCCUCAGUGAGAGUUUUUUCAUGGUGAAAGGUGCUGCGCUCUUCCUGCAACAAGGAAACAGCCCCCAAGGACCCCGGAGUCUCCAGCAGCCCCACAAGCACGCAGGUGACUUGCCCCAGCAUCUUCAAGUAAUGAUCAACCUUCUUCGCUGUGAAGAUAGAAUCAAACUGGCGGUGCGCCUGGAGAGCGCGUGGACAGACCGCGUCAGGUACAUGGUGGUGGUCUAUAGCAGCGGGCGACAGGACACGGAAGAGAAUGUCUUGCUGGGAGUGGACUUUUCCAGCAAGGAGAGCACGAGCUGCACCAUCGGGAUGGUGCUCCGUCUGUGGAGUGACACCAAGAUACACCUGGAUGGAGAUGGAGGAUUCAGCGUGAGCACAGCAGGAAGAAUGCAUGUGUUUAAGCCUGUGUCUGUCCAAGCCAUGUGGUCCGCCCUCCAGAUUCUGCACAAGGCCUGUGAGGUGGCCCGGAGAUAUAACUACUUCCCUGGAGGCAUGGCUCUGGUAUGGGCCACGUACUACGAGAGCUGCAUUGGCUCUGAUCAGAGCUGCAUCAAUGAGUGGAACGCUAUGCAGGACCUGGAGUCCACACGGCCCGAUUCCCCUGCUCUCUUUGUGGACAAGCCAACCGAAGGGGAAAGAACAGAGCGCCUCAUCAAAGCCAAACUCCGAAGCAUCAUGAUGAGUCAGGACCUGGAAAACGUGACCUCCAAAGAAAUACGCAAUGAAUUAGAGAAGCAGAUGAAUUGUAACCUGAAGGAAUUCAAAGAAUUCAUUGACAAUGAGAUGCUUCUCAUCCUGGGCCAGAUGGACAAGCCCUCCCUCAUCUUUGAUCACCUCUAUCUGGGCUCCGAGUGGAACGCAUCCAAUCUGGAGGAGCUGCAGGGCUCGGGUGUUGACUACAUCUUAAACGUAACCAGAGAGAUAGAUAACUUUUUCCCCGGCCUCUUUGCCUACCAUAACAUCAGGGUCUACGACGAGGAGACCACGGACCUGCUGGCCCACUGGAACGAGGCGUAUCAUUUCAUAAACAAAGCCAAGAAGAACCAUUCCAAAUGCCUGGUACAUUGCAAGAUGGGCGUCAGCCGCUCGGCCUCCACGGUCAUCGCUUACGCCAUGAAGGAGUUUGGCUGGCCCCUCGAGAAGGCCUUCAACUAUGUGAAACAAAAGCGAAGCAUCGCCCGGCCCAAUGCGGGCUUCAUGCGGCAGCUGUCCGAGUAUGAAGGCAUCCUGGACGCCAGCAAACAGCGACAUAACAAGCUGUGGCGGCAGCAGACGGAGAGCAGCCUCUCGCAGGGGGCCGAGGACGCCCCUGGCCCCAGUGCCUUCCUCCUGGAGAGCUUGGACGUCGACCUGGAGGCCCGGCUGGCCAGCUUGGACAGCCCCAAGCAGCCCGGGCUCCUGGACAGUCAGGCCCCUGGAGGGUCAGCUUUCCCCUACUGCUUCCGUCAGCUCUCGGACCCCUUCCCCAACGCCUCGGGAAACGGGAACGACUUCAUCCAGCUGGAGGACUUGGAGAGAGACGCCCUGCUAGGAGGAGAGCUACGGCCUCCGGAGGCAUCUCCGGAACCAGCCAGACAGCCCCGGAAGGGGUCCGGUUUGUGUGACAAGGAAGUCAGGAAGAAACUGGAGUUUGGGGUUCCCAGGGCACCCAGCGGCCCCUUGGCCCAAGUGGAAGAGAUGGAGCGGGAUGAGAGUCCGGGGGCGGAGAGGAGGGCCCUCAAGGAGAACAUGAACAACAACAAUAGCAAGCGGAGCUGCCCCGAAGAUUUCGAGCACGAUGCCAUCUUUGGAAUCCUUAACAAAGUGAAGCCUUCCUACCAGUCCUGCGCCGACUGCAUGUACUCCACGCCGAGGGCCGCCCCAGAGACCUUCGGGGAGCAGUGCGAGCCGCUCGGCGCCCCCGCCAUCUGCACCCAGCCCUCUCUUCUGCCCCAUCUUACGCCCUCCCCUGCGGACCAAGCAGUGGGCAAGUCCCCGGGCCCCGGGGAGAGCUCUGCCGGCCCGCUCCCGGCCCCUUUUGGCAGGCCGGACACCAGCAGCAGCAGCAGGUCUGCCGUGGAGCCCCCAGGAGGCCUCUUGGAGCCUCCCAAGGACCCUCAGAAAGUCCUGGCCAAGUCCUUGGCCCUCCUGAAGAACUCUCACUGCGACAAGAGCCUCCCUGGCCUGGAGGCCGACAGAGAAGAUGCAGCGUCCAAGAAGGAGGCCAAGGCCACCAAGGACCUGCGGCUCCUGCUGUUCAACAAAGAGCUGGCCAAGCCCACGACCACCAGCUACCUGAUGCAGCACCAGGAGUCCAUCAUCCAGCUGCAGAAGGCAGGCUUGGUCCGCAAACACACCAAAGAGUUGGAGCGGCUGAAGGGGAUCCCCGCCGAGGCCGCGUCCUCCCUCCGGGAUGGCCCCGCCGGCAGCAGGCUGGAAGCCAGCAUCCCCGAGGAGGGCCAAGAGCUGGUCCCCCCCCAGGGUGGGGCAUGCCCCUUGGCGUCCCCUCCAUCCCCUGGCGAGGCGGGGGGGGACUCGGAGAAGUUGGAGGCCGCCCUCCCUCUGGAAGGGGCCUCCCAGAAGAGCUCUGGGCCUUCCUUCCUCUGCCGGAUGGACCACACCAGCAGCUUCUCAAAAGAUUUUCUCAAGACCAUCUGCUACACUCCCACCUCUUCUUCCAUGAGCUCCAACCUGACCCGAAGCUCCAGCAGCGACAGCAUCCACAGCGUACGAGGGAAGCCGGGCCUGGUCAAGCAGCGGACCCAGGAGAUCGAGACUCGCCUCCGGCUGGCCGGCUUGACCGUCUCCUCCCCGCUGAAACGCUCCCACUCCCUGGCCAAGCUCGGGAGUCUCAACUUCUCCUCCGAGGAUCUGUCCAGUGAAGCAGACGUCUCAACCAUUGUGGACUCGCAGGACGCCAAGCUAGGCGAGCCUACCUUGGCCCAGGAGCCCCGCUCCAAGCCCCCCGUGACCUCGAAGUUGUCAGGGAAGCCAGGCCUGGGAAACUUGACGGGGGCCCUGUGGACAGGCAGAAGCUGACCCAGACUUUUAUUCGCCUCCCUCCCCGCCCCCUGACUCGUAUUAUCACGUGCCCCCUCCUGUUCCUCCUGGUCAGCCCCUGACAUCUCAGUUUAUCACCGGAAACCGAAAUUAUUUUCACAUUCCUCUCCCUCUCUCAGGUGGUAGCUGAAGGGCCGAGUAGGGGAGCCCAUCAUGAACAAGAAAAUAUUCAAUCGAAACCAAAUGGUCCGGAGGAUCCAGGAAUUUCCUACAGGUCACACAGCCAAAAUAGCCAGGCUGCCCAUCUGCAGGGUCAUGGGCUUAGAGAAGCAAAGCGCUCGUCAGUGCCCGCUGGGUUCCGGAGCCUGCCGAAAUCGGGGUGAUCCCAUCGCGGCGGCCACAGGGAGCCCCACCUCACUUGGGCUCUCGUGGGCACACUCUCCUAGGGCGACAUCAUUUCUACCUCUGUUACUGCAGGCUUUCUGUUGUUUGGGGUUUUGUUUCCAUUUGGGGUUUUUGUUCUUUUAAAAAAAAACCAAACCAAACAAAAACAAAAUUCUGAUUCCUCCCAAGGCUCGUCUUUGAGAACGACGUCAUGUCAGAAGAGCUCUUCCCCAAAAGGGUGGUUUUUCUGGUACCCCAAAUCACGUUAGAGACGCAACCUCUGUGUGACCACAAUUCAGAGUGGUGGGUGAUGGUCAGUCAGGCUCUGGGGAGACUGUGGAGCUCUAUC